AUGUCUUCUGAACCGUCAACGUCUAGCUUGACUUCUGAAUCUAAGCCCGAUGGCUUGGACAGUCCAGGUCUGCAGAGUCCUGGAACAUCUGUAUCUGAGAAUGGAUCCAUCUGCAAAGUAUGCGAUCUAACAUCUCAUGGUGUUCACUUUGGUGUACCUAGUUGCCGAGCUUGUGCUGCAUUUUUCAGAAGAACAAUAGUUAUGUCUCGAACCAAGAAAUACAAAUGUCGUGGAGGGCACAACUCGUGUGCUGUUAAUACCAGUGACCGAUACCAGUGCCGAUUAUGUCGCUAUAACAAAUGUGUAACAAUGGGAAUGACAGCUAACAAUGUUCAAUGGAAUCGGGACCCAUUUCCAGAAUCGAGGAAAAAGAGAAGUAGUGAUAGCAGUGAAGACGAAGAGGAUCACAUACCACUAAAAAGACCCUGUGAUCCACCUUCUCAUAUUCUGAUGACUAAGCCCAAACGGAUAGUAGAUGUGACAAUACUAUGUACUAAAAUUCAGAAGAUUUUAAACGAUAAGAAAAUAGGCGAAAAUCCAAAGCUGAAAAACCUAAACUGCCUGGAAAAAAUGGAAUUGGCAUUGAGAGAAUGGAGAGCCAAACAGAAGAAAGAAGAGGAUAUGGAGAUGAUCUCAAAACUGACAGUCCAUGAAAUGUUCACGAUGUGUGAGCAUCAAAUGCUGGUUAUCGCUAAUUGGUUAGCUCACUGCCAAUUUUUCCAAAAACUAGAACCAUCGGAAAGGUAUCGGAUGUACAAAGUUGUUUGGAAUGUUUGGAGAAGGUUCGAGCGAGUCGAGAUGUCCGUUCAGAUGUUUGGGAAAGACACGCCAGCAUGUGACAUGAAAUUCGCAAUCUCGGAAAAGUAUUAUGUAACAGCUCAGCUGUUCAUUGACAUCUCGAAGAUAACUGAUUGGCCGAUGUCGCCUAUGGGUGGAACGUUCCGGAAUUUCGUCAGGAAAUUAUUCGACCAAACUGCUGUUCUACUAGGUCAUCUGGAGCCGUCUUCAAUGGAAAUGGCUUAUAUGUUGAGUCAAUUAUGUUGGCAGUUGGCAGCUCAAGCUCUGCAAGGAAAAGUAAUGGAAAUCGCUGAGAUUCAACAAGAAGAGCUAGCCAAUAAUCUUCAUCACCACUAUCUUCAAAUUAAACGUCGAUCAAACUAUGCGGGUAGACUUGUAAAACUGAUGAGUGUUGUGAAUAUUGUGAAACGAAUUCAACUGGAACGAAAAACCACUAUCCAGUUGGCAAAGGUGUUCGACUUUUUCAAUGUGGAACUUUCGGAUCCCGAUUUUUUCGAAGGAUAA